UGUUUUAUUAUUGAAGCUUCCAUAGGCAUUCAACAAAGCUCUCUCACCCACUUUCACAACAACAAGCAUCAUUCAUCAUCGCCCAUCAUCUCCAGUGUCUCCCACUUUUUGAAUUUCCUGGGAAAUUGCGAAAUAAAAAAAUUAAUUAAUGAGUCUCAGUAUUUAAUUAAUAUUUAAAUUUUUAAAUCUUUCUUAUUGGUUCUCUCUCUCUCUCUCUUUCGUCGGUUAUCUGUUUUCAUCGCUCUCUCUUUACGCUGAGCCCCGAUCAAAAGGUUGAAUUGGAUUUGGGGGUGAUUUGCUUCUUCUCUCCGUCCAGCUCAAUCCUCGAUCAAAAAGGCAACUUGGAGAUAUGAAGCAGACUGUUUACCGUAUGGUUUGGUGAACGAGACUUCUUUAGAUAGAAGCUUUCAAUCUUUGUUUUUGAGGCUAAGGAAAAUAGAGAGGAGGAGGAGAAGAUGGGAUGUGUUACUUCUUGCUUUCGAGUCCAAGACAUUGAUGAGUACAUGAAUCCAAAUAGCUCUGUAUAUAGGAACUGUCCCUGCAUAAGAUGCCUUGCUCGUAACUUCCUUAACCUGUAUGUAUCUGUGUUCGGAAGAGGAGAAACCCGCGCUCUACCAUCUUCCGUUCAAGCUACCACUCCAUCGAUAACUUCCUCUUCUUCACAUGAUAACUUUCUCUCUGAAGCAUUCCGUUCUACUCCGAGGCCUCUGCCUUACGAUGCUGAUCCUAGGCACUUCCGUUCACUCGUCUCGAGGCGUGAGAAGGGUUCAAGUCACUCCCACGAGGAAGCUGAGCCUCUGAGAAGUGAUAGCGAUGCGGAUUCCGAAUCUUUCGGAUGCAAAUGGGCAAACAACAAAUCGGUUAUCUCUGAGAAAGAUCCCAAAGAAGAGUACUCUAGUAAAUCCAGUCUUAGGAUUAUGAAAUCAAAGUCAGCGUCUGGAAACAUAUGGGAUUUUCCUUUGUCUGAAGAUGAAGAUGCAUGUCCAACUUGUCUUGAAGAAUAUACAUCAGAGAACCCAAAGAUUGUAACAAAAUGCUCUCACCAUUUCCACCUUGGUUGCAUUUAUGAAUGGAUGGAGAGAAGUGAAAACUGUCCUGUCUGCGGAAAGGUGAUGGAAUUCAAUGAAACACCGUGAACAUCAAUCAUCGAUCAUCUAUCUGUGUGUCCUGUAUCUGAACUGAAACUGGGGAAGAUGGCAAGGCAAUGCAGAGGGGAUGUUGUGUAAAUUUGGCUUGUUGGUUUUUGUGAAUAUUGUCAUUUUACAAUGUUAAAUAUAUGAAGCAGGAAGGGUGAAAAUGUACCUCUGCAACAUUUUAAGCUUUAUGCUAACUCCAUGAAACAUGGCCACAAAAAAAAA